GCACAGGCGUCGUCUUUGAAUGUCCGUUUUCUCUGGUAGGAGCUGAUAAAAAAGCGCAGUCUUGUCUGCAUUAAAAAUGUCUACCAGUUGAUAUUCACCGAGAUACUUGUGAAGUUUUUCUGCUUUCCAUGUAGCGCAUGUUUCCUGGUUGACUGACGCUUUCUCUCCACACAUGUUGUUAAAAAUCGGGUCAUGGUGAUGUUUGAAGCAUGUCAGCCAUCCAUCCGAAGAAACGAAGUCGUUGAUCCCCAACAUUGCUACAAGUGAUAAGGCUUUCGCCGCAACGAUUUCACCACUCAGAGGAAGUUUCUUGCUUCCUGCUCUGAUCCAAAGCAGCAGCGCCUUCUCUAACUCCGAGUAGGCGCUUGCGCACAUUCGCUUUCGUGACAUCUUGAAUUUGUCAUUCUCAAAAGCAUCCAAUAUCGAGCACUUAUUCUUGAUAAAAUUUGAUAGUGUGUUAAGCUUAAUGCUGCACUACUGUGCAAUGUCUUGCUUGGCAGAGCCUCCCUUGCCAACUUCUUUAUACCUGUGUCACACGGGCACAUUUGGAAGGCCUUCCAGUUGAUGGCCUUCAAAACGACACAACUCUAUCAACUCAAGGAGUUGUCGCGCUGCUACACGGAAAUUAAAAGGCCGUUGAGUGGUUCAGGCGUUUCUUGCAAAAUUGUGUGGCGCUGCAGAUCUUUAUUUUCGUUUUCUUGUCACCAAAAGUUAAACAACAUUAAAACCACUUAAGAGCACUAUAAUUUCUUUUCUUUGUUUAUACUAUAAACAAAAAUUGUUUAUACAUUGCCAUACAUAUAUGUUUAGUUUUUAAGUUGUUGAGUAGCGGAACUGUGGCAACGUUUGCGGUCGUUCGAUGCGGCUGCCAUUUUGGUGUGUGUUUACAUGUUUCAAACUUCAAAGUGCGCUGUGACUGCACUCUUGCUCUGCUGUUGUGGGUGACAGAGAGACAGAGCUGCAGGAUGACAAGGCUGCUAUGAUAUUCUAUAUGGCUGCGAUCAUGCAGCUUGAUGCUGGGAUUGAGGCGGCGAAAGCGGAAGCCGACGCCAUCAAGGAAGAGCUGCUGAUCGUCAACAAUUUGAUGAUGACAAUAGACUCGGUGACCGAACAAAGCAUGUGCAGAGAUAGAUGGUCGUUCUCUCGCCGGACAAGGUGGUUUGAGGAGACUGUGCAAUGCAUUGCUUGGUGAGAAGUUUUUCAAGCGUGCAUUCCGUGUAACGCCGGCGACUUUUUGCUACACCGUGGACGCCGUGAGACCGCUGCUCGAGCGUCAGAACACGAACAUGCGUGAAGCCAUCGCACUCAAUAAACGUGUCGUGAUUGGCUUGUACCAGUUGUGUUCCUCAGCCGAAGACCGUAGUGUCGCCGAAUUGUUCGCUGUGGGACGCUCGACCGUCAACGUGGCCUACAGAGAGUUGUGCGAGGCCAUUAUCCACACUAUGGAGGCUGAGUGGAUCAAGAUGGCCACAGCUUCGAGCAUGGCCGAGCACAUUCACAAGUGCACGACCACAUUGGAGUUCCCACAAGCAAUGGGAUCACUAGACGGGUGCCAUUUCCCCGUUUCACCGCCCAAGGAGAGCGCCACCGACUACAGGAACUAUAAAGAAUGGUACAGCAUCAUCCUCUUCGCACUGGUCGAGCACAAGUAUAGAUUCCGAUACAUCAAUGUGGGUUCCCUUAGCCGCUGCCACGAUGCAUAUGUAUACCACCGAUCAAGACUAGCAGACACAGUCCAGGGCCCCCUGUUCCGCCGACCACUAGUAACAAUCAGUGGUACAGCUGUGCCACUCUUAAUACUAUGCGACCAAGCCUUUCCGCUCACUGUAAACCUGAUCAAGCCAUUCAGCCACAGGGCAGAGUUAAGCGACGAACAAAGGUUAUUUAAUUACAACCUUUCCAAAGCUCGAUGGAUGUGGCGAAUGCCUUUGGUAGGCUCAAGGCAAAAUUUCUCUUUAUCUUGAAAAGGAUGGAUGUGCGACAUCGACAAUGCCCGCCCUGUCAUUCAUGCCUGCUGUGUUCUGAGCAAUUUCUGAACAAUUUGUGAGCAUUUUGGCGACACUGUGCUCCAACACUGGUUGGUCGAGGUUCAGAACAAUGGCGGUGGCCUCCAUCAACCUGACCACAACACAGAUGUUGAGGAAGGGACAGACUGUGAUGUGAGAGCAGCUCUUGUCAGGCACUUCCAGCAGAGCUGAGAAUUUUAUGCUGAAGUUUUGUGGAUGUUCACGGUUUGUUAGGUCAAUGAGUCCACUGUCAUCAUCAAAUACUUGUGCGCCUAGGAGCAGUUAAUUUCUGCUAAGCGCACAAGUAUGUUUUUUUGCACUGAAAAGAGUGAUUUAGCACACACAUUGAAGAAAGUAUUCUGUACAAAACCCACAAGAUGGGCUAAGUAAGUAAGAAAUGGAAAAUGAGGCAUCCAUACAAUCACAGAAAAUUGCUA